UCUGGAGUUGGUUUAUUGAAAAGAUUAUUAGAAGCCAAAUCUAAUUAAAGAGGAUUAUAUAGUUCGUAAAAUGUUUCAUAAAGGAAAAUAUUACGUUACUUUUAAACGUGGCUUCGAGGAAAAUAAAAAGGAUAUCAAUGUGAUAAUAAAUAAAGUGUUUGAAACUGAUUGUUUGGUCAGUAUCUUGGUGUUAUUAUAUAGAUAUUUUACAAAAAAAGUUAUGAAUUGCGAUUAAAUUACGUUUUAGAAAAUUUCCCUGUCAGAUGAAGAUGAUCCAGCGUUCCUAUGUGUUGUCACCGUGAGUCGAUUGGAUUAUGAGGAAUUGAAGAAGCAACAGGGACUUCUUAUAGAUUUUGAUAACUUUCCUUCACAACUUGUCAGAUUACUGCAACAGUGUGCUACAAAUAACAUGUUUUUACAAAUGCAACAGACAAAUCCCAUGCAAUACUUCUUAGAAAUCAUUGAACAUAAUGAAUUUAAACGACUAAUACAUCUGUCAUUAAAAACGGGGCCUGCUUCAGAUGCUGAUAUAAAAGGACACAUGGCAGAAACUAUCUCAAAUUUAAAAAAAACAUUAUCAGCAGUGAAAAUGUCAGCAGCUAGUAGUGAUGCUUUAUGGAAUGAUAAAUGUGUUAAUUUAGAAAGGAAAGUGCAUGAUUUGACACUUAACUUGUCUAAAAUGGAAGAAGAUAAAUAUAGGAGAGAUGCAGAAUGUCAGGAAUUAAUAAAAAAAGAAAGAGAUAAACUAGCACAAGAAAAGUUGCAAUGGCAAAAUAACCUUGAAGGAAAUUUUAAUGCACAACUAUCAAAAUCACAAGAACACUUAAACUGUAAGAAUAAACAGAUUGAAGAGCUAAAUUUAACGUGUAACCAGCUUCGAGAUAAUGUUUUACAUUUAGAAACACAAAUAAGUGAAAAAUCUCAAAGGAUUAAUGUUUUGGAGAAAGAAGUUCAGAAGACUCAUAUAGAAGUAGCAACAUUGAAAGCUAGAAACACAUCAUUAGAAAGGGAAAUUGCAGAAAAAGAAAAACUAUGCAACCAAUUAAAUUGCAGAUGUACAUAUUUGGAACAGACGAUGAAAGAAAAUUCUGAAACAAUAAAAGAACUAAAUAGCUCCUUACAAAUAUUAAAAAAAGAAAAGGCUAGUUUAGAAGAGCGAUUGUCCCUUAGUGAAUCAUUAGUAAACAAAAAGACUGAAACAGCACAUUCCACAUCAGACCAACUUUUGAAGGCAAAUCAGAUCAUAUCAAAGCAAAAUACAGAUCUUAUUGAGAUGAAGGAAAAGUUGUUAUGUAGAACUGCAAUAGCGUUAGAACAAGAGAAAGUAAUAGAGAAAAAUUCCAAAGAAAUAGAAGAUCUUAAGUCUGAAAUUCAUAGCACCAAUCAGAAAUUAGAAAAACUUAAAGAAGAGUUAAGUGAGUUGAUGGACAAGUAUAAAAGCAAUGAACAAGCACUUAAAGAUAGAGAAGAAACUAUUAAGAAUAACAAUAUGGUAAUACAAUGGUUGCACAAAAAAAUGGAUGAUAAUCACAGAACAGAUCCUCACAUACAAAUGGCACAAAGCUCCACGCCUUAUUUCAUACCCAGUAAUAAAAAGUCCAGUGAGUCUCAAGAAGUGUCUGAUAUGUCGAUUAACUUCUAUGCAACUUCAAAAUCUAAUAUAGAAGAUAGUUCCGGUCCUCAAAUACAAGGAAUUAAUGCUAAAUUUGGAUUAGAUGAAAAAUAUUUAAGGCCUGCUACUGAAGAGAACAAGAAGAUAAGCGGCAGUAACAGUAAGUAGUCUUACAGCAGUGACGUAUAACUCAAAAUCGUCAAAAUUUUGCUUAAACCAUACCUUUUAACCUUCCAUUUAUUGAAAUUAUUUCC